AUGGCGUCACCAAAUGACAUUAUGUUAAUGACAUGCGCUGCUGGUAACCAAGCCCCAUAUAUCCUUCCACUCCUGAAGGACAAAAUCAAGCUACGACUGGCAUGUCAGUCAGACGCCUCCGCGAAGCUACUUAAAUCUAGAUACCCUCACGCCGAGGUGGUCCAAGGCGAUAUGCGAGUCCUUGCGGACUGCGCUAGGAUGUUGAGCGGCGUCACCACAGUCUACAAUAUUGGACCCGGUAUACGAGUAGGAGAGAAAGAGAUGGGAUUGAACAUGGUCGAAGCCGCUAUCGCUGAGUAUCAGAAGCCGAACUCGCAAUUCAAACACUUCGUAGAGGCAAGCGUCCUCAACACACAGAUACGGAAGAUGUUCAAUCAUGAUGAUAAGAGAUAUGUGGAAGAGCAACUAAUCUUGUCUCCGCUUCGUUACACGAUCCUGCAGCCCGGUGACUUUUUCGAAGCAGCAGUUCCCGUCAAGCAGUGGCUCACCAUGGAACAUCCUGUUCGUCCAACGUAUGUCCCCGAAGAGACUUGGUCGUCCUUCGUUGCACUCAAGGAUCUAGGAGAAGCCGCAGCGAAAGUCAUUCUUGAGCGAGAGCGUCACUACGAGGCACUAUAUCCCCUAGUCUCUCUAAAUGGCAACACCUAUGGAGAAUGCACCACUCGAAUCGGGGAGAUUCUGGGCAAGAAAAUCGAGGUCAAAGAAGUCAGUUGGGAUGAAGCGAUCCAAGUUCUGCUGGAAGUCAACUUUGGGAGCGAUCAGGUUCAUUCUGUCAUUUAUGAUAAAAUGGCUGCUCUGGUCAGUUUCUACCGGAAAAGAGGUAUCAAGGGCAAUCCUACAGUGCUGGAAUGGCUCUUAGAGAGGGAUGCAACUUCAUUGGAAGGGUAUGUGGCCUACAAAAAGGACGAGCUGAGAGCGGAAGGGGCAGUGCUGCCUAGCUGGUGGUCAUAG